AUGAAUUACAUAGUUCAAUUUAGUAAGAACAUCUUCAUAUCAACUGAAAUAGUCAUUUUCAAUAUUCUUGGACAGCUCGGAAAUGUAAAUAUACUUUGUUUGACUUUCUUCAAACCCCAGUUGCGUUCAAAAACAGCAUUUAGCCAAUUGUUCAAUUUUUCAAGGUUUGAUGAUGAAGUUAUACUCUUCUGUAAUCCACCAAUUCGACUUCAUCCAAUAGUCAGCAGAUGGUGGUCUAUGUCAAAUGUUUUCAUGAAUACUGUAACUAUCAUUCGUUUCUUGUUCUUAAUUGCUGUUUUUCACCAUAGAGGUCGAAAGGAGAGAAGUGAUACUCGAAAACACAUGAAAAGUUUUAAAGUUUCUGUUUGUGAUUGUUUUUUCAUGGUAUACGCGUUUAAGUGGUUCAAAGACUCAAGAUUUAAGAAAUGGCUCGAGAGAUCUACAAAAGUGUCAACAGCAACUUCUACAUAUGGCCUAUCAAGAUUUUAA